GCUGUCAAGACUCGAGGCGCGAGGUUCGUUGUGCGAGUGUUUCUCCGCGAUUUAAAACCGUGACACGCGUUGAUGACGACCUAUUCCUACCUGUAAUCGCGCGGGAGCAGGUACAAGAUGAGCCUGAAGAUCUGUAACCUUCAGGGAGUUACGGAUGCCCUGUUCCGUGAGUUCCUCUCCCAGCCUGGGGAACGGCAGUGGUGCAGCGAGAUUCUCCGUUCCAUCACCAAGGGGGAGAGGGUGGAGACAAAUGACUUUCUGAAGCUCUCCUCAGAUACACCCCCUCGCAGUUCCCCUCGCAGUUCCCCAGUGAACUCUCCCCGCAACCAUGCCCAUCUCUCCCCACUUCUUCUUCCACCCUCCCCCCGUUCUCCUGUGUCCCCCCUUCCACAGUCCCUGAAUUCAGGUCUGCUCUUGUCACGGAACAGUGGCCAGCCUGGGCCUGCCUCAGCUGCCUCUGGCACUACAACCCCGUCCUCCACCGCAGCCUCAUCCUCCUCUCCCAAUUCUGUGGGCUUUUCCUCUGUCACCAACUUCUUCUCCACCUCCCUGGCAAAUGAGGCAAGGCCUAGCACUCCCACCACUUCUCUCGGACGCAAGCACAACUGGCGUAGGGUGAGUACAAAGAGACAUUUUUUCUUCAUUUUGUGUUUGGUGAUAAGUGCAUGAAAGUUGUUCUGUAGA